GGGUGUCGACUGGGCUAGCAAUAGCGCUGGGUGCUCGAGGUUGGAGAGAGUCGGAAGUGGCUCCGUGGGGGCAUCGCUAUCGCCAUGGGGGCUGUGCUCGGGAUCUGCUCUUUGGCCAGUUGGAUUCCAUGUCUUUGCAGUGGUGCAUCAUGUUUGUUAUGUGGCUGUUGUCCUAACAGCAAGAAUUCUACAGUUACUCGGCUCAUUUAUGCUUCCCUGCUUCUUCUUAGUACUUUUGUUGCAUGCAUCAUGCUGGUACCAGGAAUGGAGAAACAUCUCAAAGAGGUGCCUGGUUUUUGUGAUGGCUUUGAUUGUGAAGCUUUGGUUGGAUAUAGAGCUGUCUAUCGAAUCAGUUUUGCUAUGGCUGUGUUUUUCUUCCUCUUUGCCUUACUUAUGAUACAAGUGAAAUCAAGUAAAGACCCACGGGCUGCCAUCCACAAUGGAUUUUGGUUCUUCAAAGUAGCUGCAAUUGUUGGAAUCAUGGUUGGGGCAUUUUAUAUUCCAGAAGGGUCUUUCACAAGAGUAUUAUUUGGUUUUGGAACUGGGGGUGCCUUCCUCUUCAUUCUCAUCCAGCUGCUGCUGCUUGUGGAUUUUGCUCAUUCCUGGAAUGAAUCCUGGGUUGAACGGAUGGAAGAGGGAAAUUCCAGAUGCUGGUAUGCUGCUCUCCUGUCCUGCACCAUUUUGAACUACAUUAUGUCGUUCAUUGCUAUCGUACUCUUCUAUGUCUUCUACACAAAACCAGAUGGCUGUAUUGAGAACAAGGUCUUCAUCAGCUUUAAUAUGAUCGCAUGCAUUGCUGUAUCGAUCACAUCAAUCCUUCCCAAAGUCCAGCAUCCGGUCUUCUAACAACAGCCAAGUGAACAAGUUGACGCUAUCUGUCAGUGACAGUGUCAUUCUGGAUGAUACACCAAAUACAGCUGAUGGAGAAGAUGGAGAAGUCCGCCGGGUUUUGGACAAUGAAAAGGAUGGUGUCCAGUACAGCUAUAGCGUCUUCCACUUCUUGUUAACUCUCGCUUCCCUCUACAUAAUGAUGACUCUUACAAAUUGGUACAGUCCUGAUGCUGAAACGAAAACACUGAAAAGCAAAUGGCCAGUUGUCUGGGUGAAGAUCUCCUCAAGCUGGGUUUGUCUUCUUAUUUAUGUCUGGACUUUGGUGGCACCCCUGAUCCUUACCAAUCGAGACUUCAAUUAAAUGGUAACUUCUGUGAAAGCAUGGAGAUAUGACGUUCUGCUCUGCUGAAAGCCAAAAGUUAUGUAUUGCUUCGUGGACCUAAGACUCCAGGCAUCAUUCCUACAACAGGCAGACAAAUAGAAGUCUAACUUGUGUAAUGCUUAAUGCAGAAUCUAAGCGCUGUACAUAUUAAUGUGUUAAAUUCAAAGUUAGCAUUCCUGUUAUCUACUACAGCUGUGCUGUUGAAGGAUUUCGUAAAAAGCUUGUGUAAACAUUAUCGCUACUGGAAGUGUGAACGGAAAGUAAUAUAUUCUAAAGUUGUUUGGAUAUUUCACUGUAUGGAAGUGAGUACCAUUGCUACAUUGCUUUACAUUCCAUUUCAGGAAAAAAAUGUAUCUGAUGGAGCUUUGAAUAAUGGAUAAAGUGUUUUUCUUAACAGAACAGCAUACUAAUGUAAUAUACCAAGCCUAUAAAUGGCAAUUUUUGGGAUCAUUGUAGAAAACAAAUUUUGUAAGAAUCUAGCAUACUGCUAAACUUUUACUUUAAACACAUUCAAGUCAUGCUUUUUGAAACAAGCAAACUAACAAGCAAUGCUUGUUAAUAUAUCAUUCCACUGAGUUUGACAUUAUUUGCACUAUAAAUAUGUUGGAUUAAAA